UACGACAUGACCGUUGCUGCAUAAAUUAAAGUGUCAGAAGUAUACACCACUCGAUGAGAACCGCAUGAAUCUUACUAUAAACACCACACUUAAACCAGAGUCGACCAAUGUAAAAACCUCGAUAAAACCGCAACUUGGCAAGAAUCGAAGAAUCCUCGGCGAAUCCAAUUAUACAGUAACCAAUCUAUCUAAACACACGUGUAUGUAUCUACAAAUAAAUACAGUACGCAACAACGGCUACAUUAUUGCACAAAUAAGACGAAUCUUGGAGGCGAAAUUGAGGGAACUUGUCUCACAUACAUCUCCAAAACUCACGCUUCUUUUUAUUACUCACAAUCAUCUCGCUACUUUUCACUCAUAAGUCAAAAUAAUGGCGGAUAAUUCGGUUGUUGAUGUUGAGGAGCUGGUGCAAUUUGGGUGGAAUGAAAGAGCAAACUGGGGCGAGUGUCGCAUUUGCCAGGACGAUGAUUCGAUUAGCAAUAUGGAGGCACCCUGUUCUUGCAGAGGCACUCUUAUGUAUGCACACAGGAAGUGUGUCCAGCAAUGGUGCAAUGAAAAAGGAGAUAUAAGUUGUGAGAUCUGUCAUCAGCCAUACCAGCCUGGUUAUACUGCUCCUCCUAGUCAGUUCGAAGCAACUACUAUAGAUAUAGGGGGAGGAUGGCAAAUUUCUGGCACACCUUUGGAUAUGCACGAUUUUCGCUUAAUGGCAAUUCCUGAAGGAGAAUUGGAUGGUGAUGAUGAUGAUGAUGAGGAGGAGGAUGAUUCUGAUUUAGUAAAUGACACUGGAGCUGCAUUUUUCCGUGCUGUUGCUCUUGUUUUAAUGGCUCUCUUGCUAUUCCGCCAUGCGUUUGUCCUAAGUGAUUAUGAAGAAGAGGAUAACGGGGCUACUUUUUUCACUUUAAUUAUGCUGCGAACCAUUGGUUUCAUUUUACCCUGCUACGUUAUUGCCUGGGGGAUCAGUCUCUUGCACCAUCGAAGGCAAAAACAGGAGGCUGCAGCUGUGGCAGCUACGCAGUUUGCAAUUGCGUUACAGACGGGACAAGUCAGGAUUCUACACUGUACAUUACCGUCGGCACAUAGUACAACUCCUCCGCAAGAACAUGUUUGAACUGUCUAGAAGGUUCUGCCAUAUUAUAUGUACAUGGAAAAUAAAUAUUCCUAAAGUUGGAUUAAAUCAAGCUUAUUUGGGCUUAAUCAGAUGGAAAUUCGGACUUUAUGGAUAGCCAGCGAAGCAAAUCUUGUUUGGGCCGUAACUUGAGUUCUGGAUGUCAGAAUUGGGCGAUUCAACAGCCCACGCGAAGAUAUUGAAAUUCUCUACAAGUUUAAGGUGGUCCAGAUGUCAAAAUCCAACUGUAUCAGCCCAGAAUCAGGCCUGAACAGAAUCCUACGAAUUUCAGCAUCAGAAUCCAACCCGUUUUAGGAUAUUAUUUUAUUUUCUUGUAAAUUAAGAAAACUCUUAUAUAUAUAUUAGGGUUUUGAUAGAGAUUAGAAACAACUAACUUUGUAUCAUAUAGAAUAAUAUAGAGAUAGCCUUUUAGAGAAAAAAGGGAGAGAAACACUUGUGAGAGAUAUUGGAAGAAGGAGUGAAGGGAUUCAUCCGGACUUCAAGCACUUUCGUCAAGUUGUAUUCUUCGUACUUAUAUUCUUACACUCAUGGUCUGUGGUAUAAAUACAUAUUUGUUUCAUCUUAUCAUGAGUAGCUAAUUCCUUAAUCCAAGAGUUAGGUAGUAUUCUUUGGCUUAUUAUGUUUGUUUAGUUGGAUUGUGUUUUCUCUUGAUUUGUUAAUCUGUCAUUGAGCGCUUUAUACAAUUACAGGAGUAGCUAACUUGUGAUUGAAUCUCUAGGAGUUAUAACGAAUCGGGAGAGGAGUUAUAAUUCUAGUACAUGAUAUGAUGGACACAAUUUGAGUAUUAGAUCGGGAGAUUGAUAUGAGAAUUGUGAGACAUAAAAUCCUUG